AUGCCGCCUCCCUCUACCUGUGGAGUGUGCGAGUCCGCUAUCAGUGGCGAUAAUAACGAUAGCCUUCAUUGUUCAGUAUGCUUCGAACAGACGCAUCGGACGUGUGGUCAGCUGCUCUCAGAUUCGACGUGGAUAUGUACGAAAUGCGCCGAAAAUUCAGACUCUUCCUUUAAAUCGACUGUAGCUAUGAAUAAGGAUGAACCUCUGACGGUCAAGCACUUUGAAUUGAUCAUGAACCAGCUCUCUUCCCUCAACAGUUCUAUCAUUUCAUGCAACAAACAUAUUAAAGACCUGCAUUCUCUAGUGGCCUCUCAUGCAACUGCCAUUUCCAACUGUGAGUCGAACAUUUCCUCGAUACAAUGUAACAAUUUGAAACUAAACGACCGAAUAUCUCAACUGGAAAAUCAUGUAAUGGAGGGUAAUGAGGAAAUUUACUUCGAAUGUAAUGAGCGUAUCCUCAGGGAAAAAAACAUUUUGAUGAUGGGUUUGCCUGAGUCCAGGGGUAAUGAUGAUGAUCUGGGCUUGGCUAAAAAUAUACUGCAAUCUGUUGCGCCAGUAUCUGAACAGAAUAUCAGAGAGGCCAUCCGUUUUGGUAAGUCAACGAGUGGAAAGCAGCCGCUCAAAAUCAUCCUGCUAUCAUCCGAAAUAGCUCUUGACAUUCUGAGGAAUAAGCGCAAGCUAUCAAGAGAACAAUUUCCCAAUAUCUCUAUUAGAGCAGAUCUAACUCCAAAUCAACAGAAACAUUUAAAUGCGCUAAGAUCCGAACUUGAAGAGAGGAAAAGUCAUGGGGAAGCUGAUAUAACUAUCAAAUAUAGUAAUAAUAGGCCCAAAAUAGUCAAGACAACCAAAACUGAUAGCGGAAACAUUUCCUUACCUUCUAAGAGGACACGUGAUGAAGAAUAUUCUCCAAAACGCAACUCGGAGCAAAAUCAUGAAAACUGCAGCCAGAUAGUACGUAAUGUUAUAUCUGAGAAGUUAGAGGUUGAUAUUAAGGAGUUUGAAAUCGAGAGAUGUUUCAGAAUUGGCAAAUCAGUUGGUGGUCAAAAAAAUCGUCCUAUGAUUGUAGUAUUCAGCGGCAUCUGGAAGAGAAAUAUGAUUUUCUAUAAGAAAAAGUUACUAAAGGGCACACGUUUAGUGAUUCGAGAGGAUCUCACCAGUGACCAGCAGCGCAUACUAAAAGCCACCACUGAAAAAAUUGGAAGAGGCGGCAAAGUCUGGACUAAUUUUGGCACCAUUCUUGUUAAAUAUAGUGAUGAUGAGCAGCCAAUAGUCAAGGUGAAAUGUAUGGAAGAUGUGGCUAGACUAUGA